UUGGUGGAGCGGUUCGGUGACAAAAUCCAAACGGAAAUGUGAACGAUAUCGAAUGCAUUAGAUUGCCGAUAAGCCACCACCACCCCGGAUCCUCCUCCGCCUCCGCCUCCUCCUCCUCCGGCGGUCGAUCGAGCACCGGCGCAACCCAACCACCGACGACAAUGACCGCAAGCCUUUCAUGGUCGUCCCUCUCCAAGUCCUUCCGCUUCCCCAGACGCCCUGCCCGUUCCCUCUCCCUCGCGCCUCGCAUCGCUUGCUCUUCCUCUCCCUCUCCCUCUUCACCUCCGUUACAGUUCGACAUCUCCUUCGCUCCCCCCAAGCCCAAGCCGAAGCCCAGGCCCGACUCCGGCUCCGGCGACUGCAGCUUCAUCUCCGGCGCGGGCCAGCAGCUCUUCAUCCCCUGGAUACUCCGGGGCGAGGACGGCCAGCUCAAGCUCCAGUCCCACCCUCCCGCCCGCCUCAUCCACGCUCUCGCCCACGCCGACACCGGGGAGAAGAGGGCGAAGAAGAAGGAUAAGCCCAAGGCGGCGGCGGCCGGCGGGGAGCCCAAGUAUUCCAAGGCGGCGCGCCGGUUCUACAACGAUAAUUUCAGGGAUCCCCCGCAGCGCCUCAGCAAGGUUCUCGCUGCUGCCGGGGUGGCAUCGAGACGGAGCAGUGAGGAGCUCAUUUUCGAAGGCAAGGUCACUGUUAAUGGCUCUGUGUGUAAGACCCCUCAGACUCGAGUUGAUCCUAUGAAGGAUGCCAUUUAUGUCAAUGGGAACCGCCUGCCCAAAAAGUUGCCGCCAAAGGUCUACCUUGCUCUGAACAAGCCAAAAGGGUACAUUUGCUCUGCUGGGGAGAAAGAGUCUAAAUCCGUGUUGGAGCUGUUUGAUGACUAUCUGAAGAUCUUGGGCAAGAGAAAUCCCGGACUACCCAAACCCCGACUAUUCACUGUUGGCCGACUCGAUGUUGCCACAUCUGGCUUGAUCAUUGUGACUAAUGAUGGAGAUUUUUCUCAAAAAAUUUCACAUCCUUCUGCAAAUUUAUCUAAGGAAUACAUUGCAGCUGUAGAUGGUGAGGUGCACAAGCGACAUUUAAUAGCCCUCAGUCAGGGAACAGUUGUCGAUGGAACUCACUGCAUCCCGGACUCUGUGGAGUUAUUGCCAAGGCAGCCAGAUAAUUCAAGACAUCGUCUUCGGAUUGUGGUCCAUGAAGGGAGGAACCAUGAAGUCAGAGAGCUUAUGAAAAAUGCUGGACUUCAGAUUUAUUCAUUAAAGCGAGUCCGAAUUGGGGGUUUCAGACUUCCAGCUGAUCUUGGGCUCGGGAAACAUGUUGAAUUGAAACCAGUUGACCUUCAGGCACUGGGUUGGAAGAGCUGAGAAAUCACUGCUCAUGCUGGACUGAGUUUCUCUGAAGUUUCUCCUGCAAGAGCACUCAAGACAAAUGGGAAAAGAUAUUCAUUGUCAUGGAGAGUUUGAGCAUUUGCUUCCCGCCCUCUGAGCUGCUGGUUGAACUACAUACUUAUUGCUUGAAGAUUAAACCACGAGAGGCAGUUACAGUUGUUCGACAUUCAUACCAGAGAUGGAAAAUUGUAAGAGCCGGUAGAGUCAUCUCUGUUGCAGCAUUUCUGGCUGAGUAUAUAUUGAGGAGAAUAGGAACCUCAUGGUCAUUAAUUUUUAUUGCAAGAAGUUUUAGCUUCGUUUGGAGGACUUUAGAAAUUGAAUUUUCUGUCCAUUUUUUCAUGAAAACAGGCUCUGCUAAGAUCUGCACAUAAUGCAAUCGAAAUCUAUUAAUACAA